AUGAAUCCUUUAUACUCACAACCACAACAGAAUCCUAAACCACAGAACCAGACAUUUUACUCUAAUUCUUCGCAGCAGACCAAUUUUGAUCCAUCCUUGCCUACUAUGAGACAGAUGAGGUUGGAGUUUGCUCAGUUUGAUGGAGGAGAUCCUAUAGAGUGGUUAAACAAAGCGGAACAAUUCUUUGAUUUUUACCAAGUGCCUGAGGAUAGGAGAUUAGCUAUUGGCACAAUGCAUCUAACAGGGAAGGCAUCUGAUAGGUGGUAUAUGUUCCAACGAGAAUUUCCUCAAACAUGGCAAGGACUCACUGAUAUGCUAAUGAGGGAGUUUGGUGGUUACAAUGUCUCAGAUUAUCAGUCCGCUUUGGGAAGGAUGUCACAGGUUGGGAAUGUAGAUAAUUAUAUGAAGCAGUUCACUCGGUUAUCAAGAAGGGUACCGGGGUUUUCUCAACAAGCACUGCUGUCAUUUUUUGUUGGGGGUCUAAAGAGUGAUAUAAGGGCUAAUGUAAAGGCACUCAAGCCAAAAACCCUGUACGAAGCAUGUGAACUGGCCAAAAUUUUUGAAGAAAAAGAGAUGAAUCAGAGAGCGGUGCACAGAACAAUCCAGCAGCUUAGAAUGACCUCAUCUCACACAAGUAGUUCUAACAGACCUUCCACAACUAUGAGCCUACAUCAGCAAAGACCUCAAGCAGCUAUUAGGACUAAUGGGGGAUUGCACAAUACUGGAGUUUCAGUUAAUGUUGGAGGAAGCAGAAGGUUAACUCAGGCUGACUAUCAAGAACGAAGGGCAAGAAAUCAAUGUUUUUUCUGUGAUGAAAUUUUUAGGCCAGGACACAAUUGUAGAAGAGGGCAGGGACAGUUGAUGGUCAUAGAAGUUCUACAAGAAGAGAUAGAAAUGCCAGACCCAACAACAGAUGCAGGAGAAGAUAGUGCAACAGAAAGUGAGCAAGAGCCUGAAAUACAUUUGCAGAUCAUGGGAGGCCUAGAUGAUAAUGAUACUAUGCAGGUGAAGGGGGUGUUUGAUCACAAGCAAAUACAUGUAUUGAUUGACACAGGGGCAUCCCAUAAUUUCAUUCAUCCUGCAUUACUGAAGAAAUGUAAAGCUCAAAUCAGAGAUAUCAAGCCUUUGAAAGUUAAGCUAGCAAGUGGAGCUUUAACGCAAACAAGGGGAGAGGUAACAGUUGAGCUCCAAUUGGGGAAAUAUGUGUUUUCAGGUGAUUUUUACAUUUUACCUGUUUCAGGUUGUGAAGUGGUGUUAGGGUCAGUAUGGCUCAAAACGCUUGGUGAUAUCGUAUGGAAUUUUGAAACCAUGAAAAUGCAGUUUGGCAGAAAUGGAGUCUGGUAUGUCUUACAGGGUGAGACCAAGGCACAAGCUAUGGUCAUUGGUUGUCAAACAAUGAAGAGAUUGCUGAGGAGAGAAACUGAAGCAGUAAUGGUACAAUUGAGCCCUCUUGGACUGCAAAAAAAACAAAGGCACCACAUCCAAAAAUCCAACAGCUGA